CUAAGAAGGGCCUUCAAUAGAAUCAGUAGAGACGCGCGCUUUCAUUCUUUUCUUCGAAACCACAAAGAACAUCGCUCUUCCUCCCUCCACCUUACCAUCAACCCUAACCCACGCCUUUAGAUUCCGAGAUCAAACCGCAGCUUACCAGGAAGCUCGAAAUCGCAAGUCAGCAGGAGCAGGAAGCCCUAAAUCGCAACUCACCAUCGUCGCACAUCAUCGUCGCUGCGUCUUCCCCAAAUUGUCGCGACCUCCUCCUUCCCGGCGUCGCUGAGUCUCUCCUCUCCGCGGCUUCAGUGCUUCUCCGUUCUCCGCGGCGUCCUUGUGUCUUCUACUUCGCUGCUUCUCCCCUGUUCUGCUUCGCUGCUUCUACUUCACUGGGUUGUACUUCGCCGCUUCUGCUUUGCUGCUGCUGCUUCACUACAUCGGCGGUUACAGUUGUCAUCUGUGGUGUGGGGAUAACACUCAUUUAAAAAAGAAAAUGUUCAAAAAAUUCAUUGCGUGCAAAGUGCUGAAUUACGUGCAAAGUUCUUCAAAAAUAUGAAAAUUAAGCGAGAAAAGAUGUCUUCUGGUCAGCAGCAACAUCAACCACCACCACCACUUAAGAGGAUAAAAACCCUUAGUGAUAGGGAAAGGGAGCAGAAGUUAAGAAAAAAUAGUGUCCAAGCAAACGAUAAGCAGAAUUUUGUAAAAAAGCCAAAAGUUGCAAAAGAAAAAGGGCAGAAUUUGAAGAAAAGUAAAGAACAUAUGGAAGCAAGUAUGACUCACUCACAAGGAUCAACAUGUAGACAAGAAAAAGAACUUCCUUCUAAAUCUACUGCUAUGGCUCACAAGAAUACUAUAGAAGUAGAUUCUAGAAUGAGUCAAGAUUUGAAGAGAAAAGAGACCACAAUUGAAGAUGAUAUUGAAGAUUGUGGCAGCAUGCAAGAAAGGCCAACUAAGAAGGGAAAAACACGUCAAUUUACUUCAAUGCCGAUUGAUACAUUUUUUAAACUUAACAAUGAACCUGAUGGUGAAGAGCAAUUGGAUGAGAAUGAAGGAGAUAUUAUAGAGGAGCAGGACAAGGAUUAUAUUAAUCCAACUGAGGCUGAGAACUUAGACAAUACUUUGAAAGAUAAACUUUUUGCAGUGAGGAAAUUGCCACCCUUAAGCAGCAACAUGCAACUGAGAAAGCAACAUUAGAGAAUAAGGUUGAUGUGAUGCAAAAAGAAGUAAAUGAACUAAAAUCGCUUGUUAAGAUGAUGCUGCAACAAAAAAGCUCAGGAGUGGACCUUGACAUGUUAGCUGCUCAAUUAGGAAGCACUUUAGGGAAUCCGAACAAUGAUGCGCAUGAAGAGGAAAACUAUGUUGAAGGGGAAAUCGAAAUUGAUUAAGGUCAACUUUUUAAAAGCAAAUGUUACAGAGUAAAAGUCAUGAACUUGUGGACAUGAUGACUAUUUGCUACUUAGCUAUUUCAACUCUCUUUUUGUUAUUAUAUUUUUUGCAAACUUAGAUGAUAUUGUGGAUCUUACAACAAUUUUUAUGGGCCUGCUACACAUACAAGCUUACAAGCUUACAAGUUGGCCUAGCCAAAAUACAAGUCACGCGCAUCAAGAGAGAUUACAUGGAGCGUCACCUUCACGUGCUCAACACUCAAACGGUUACGUAUGGCAAACUCUUCCACUUCUUCCACUUCUCAAAACGCUUCGAAAACAAGGAAACUCUUCCAUUUUCGAGCGAAAAUCAAAGUUCAAAAUAUACAAGUCAUUGUUCGAAACCUCCGUUAAAACACCAUCAAACUCUCCAUCAAGAAUCUGAAGAGAAAACAAAGCAACAAUACUCAAC